GAUUUAUUUAUAGUUUUGAUUUGAUAAAUAUUAUUGUCUAUUAAUUUGUGUAUUUUAAUAUUUGAUCUAGACUUUGGAUAUUUUUAUACUUUUUGACGGAUCGUAUUAAAAUUUCAGGUAUCUUACACAUCUUCUUUUUUAGAGGCUCCUUGUGCUUAACCAGUGCCUGAAAAUUAAAUUAUAAAGCAAAUAUGAAAUUGUUUAUUCUUUUAUCACUCAAUUUACUAUCGGUUCACGGAUUUUUCUACACCCUCUUUCCUCUAGUGCUCAUCAAGUCAGAUAAUAAAGCUAAGCUCUAUUGUCCAUGGAAUCAACAUACUGAUUACGAUUUAACAUGUAGACUUAAUAAAGAUGUUAUGGGCUACUACCCACUUCCUUCAACAAAUGCCACUACAGUACUUGAAAAUUCCAAAUUUCUAAACCCAGCCUUACAAACGCCAUUCACUAAGGAUUAUUGCAAGUUGUUAAGGCAAACUUGGUCUACAAAAAAAGAUUCUCCCAAUGUUUGCAAAGACUUUGCAUUCUGCUUUAAUGCUGCCGAUGACAAGUGUGUUUGUUCAUGUCAAUCUGGUUUCUUUGGUAAUCCGUACAAAGAAUGUUUUCAACAUUGCUCUACUAAUGAUGACUGUUCAAGUCCUUUGGCGGUUUGUAAAUCUACCACAAACACUAAGGAACUGAAAAGAUGUGUUUGCAAGGAUAACUACGAGGGAAAUGGAGUAAUGUGUUACAAGAAUCCGUGUGGAGAUGACAGAACUUCCAAGUGCGGAACUGUUCAGAACACUAUAUGUGUUCCAACAGGCCCGGGUGUCGAUGAUUACAAGUGUAUUUGCCCACAAGGUUACUACGUUAAUCACGAGAAAACUUGUGUUCCAGAAGUAACAGUAACUAAGAGCAGUGUCAUAACUCUAGUUAUCAAAAACGUACCGGACGGUAGCAGAGUUGAAGCCGGAGAGUGUCUUUCGUUUACCCUUAACGACGGAUCAAAGAGCGUGUUUUUCCACAAAAACUCUGGAGACUCUGUUUACGUCAAGAAAACAAUCAAAAACGAUGGAAAAUUAUCGAUAUUCUUUAUAGUCACUGAUGAAAUCACAGCCUUUAGUGUAACUUCUGGUGCCGUUGGACUUACAAAGCUUUACUCUAUGUCGAGUACUUUUAUAGGAUGUAAAUUCGGUCACGUUAAAGUUUAUGACCGAAACGGCCGUGAGAUUUCUGGAUACGAAGAUUUGAAAAAAUCCAAAAAAUUAAAAUUAGCAUCCGGUCAAACCCUUUCUACAGGUGAACAAGAGCCGCCACCUCCAGGUCGCCACGGACAACAAGAACCUUCUGGUCCUCAAGGGCCAAGAUCCCCUGGAUCUAAUGGAUCAAGCCAUCUGGAGCUGGAAAGUUCACCCCCUAAUACAGACUCUAAUCCUACUACAACUACCGUUAAAGGUAAGCCCGAAGUACAGGUCUAUGUAAGAGAAUUGAAAGCUGACGAAUUAGCCGGAGGUUUGUCAUCAAGUGAUGUAGCUCAAAGACAAGAAGCUCUACAAAGAACUCAAGACCGUGCCACUCGAGAUGGUCAUAGCACAUUACAAUCUUCAUCAAGUGUUCAAACGGUGAAUGAACUUUAA